AUGUGCCUGAAAAGCGCGCCCUGUCAGACGUCGCAACGGCCGGAGACUGAGCCUCUCGACCUCACGUUGGCCUGGGACGCUCGAAAAUCCGAGUACUGUAAGAUUUUCGGUGUUGGAUUUUGGAUUUUGGAUUUUGGGAUCGGCGAAAUGCCCACCAACCGGGUGCAACGGUCCAAACGAGUGGAGCAGCGUUUGGACCACGUUGCUCAGUCGCUCGCACCUCGGACACGGGCCUGCUCGCUGCUUCUCUCAUCCCUUUCGCCAUCACCCACCUUGCGACACACUCCUGGCGCAAUUCCAGCUCUCGCGCCCCCGUCGGACGGAUCCCUGGAGCGCAUCGCAUUGCACUUCGGCCUCGGCAGCCGGCCAGCCAGUAGCUCGGGAAGCCCGCGUCCUCACACACCUGUCAUCGGCUCUUCUGUGGCCAGUUCCGUCCAGCACGAACCGUGCGUCUUUCGUGCGUCUUCCUCGCUCGACUCAGCACGGACCCUCUUGGAUGCUCGUUCCGAUCGACUGCCACGCGCCUCGCCGAGGCUAAGCCUAUGCGAGCACGAGCGCACAGAUCCACACGGUGGACACUAUCACUGCAGCUCAGCUGUCGGAGUCCGCAGCCGGGAGCAUUCUAGCGCCCUUGCGUCCACGGCGAUGCUCUGUGCGACAACAGGCUGGGCCGUCAACAAGCUGGCCGCCUUCGUAUUUCCGCUCCAGCUUGCCGAUCGACCACGAUCAACGCUCGAUGGCGUGGUUCCGCCCGAAGCGCCCUCUGCCUCUGCUGCAAGCCACGCCUUAAACGCAGGUGGGCCUGUGCCCAUCAAGGCGCCGGACACUGUCGCCUUCGAAGCUCGCUACUGGCCGCUCGUCCAUCCUCCUCGCAACAAUGCCGAGGCGCAACAGCUCUACAAUCACAUCCGUACCGUCGCUUGGUACCUCGACUCGAUACCCUUCCUCGGCUCUCGACUGCCUUUCAACGUUGGCAUCGAAUCCAUCCUCGGCGUGAUCCCAGGCAUCGGAGACUACAUCGGACUGGCUUUGGGUCUCUACCAGAUCCUGCUCUGCUCGCUGUUCGGCGUGCCGCUGUCGUUGCUGCUGUGGAUGUUGGUCAACGUCGUCGUCGACUGCAUCAUCGGAAUCGUGCCCUUGCUCGGCGACGCGCUCGACAUCCUCUUCAAGGCCAACUUGCGCAACCUGCGUCUGCUCGAGGACCAUCUCUACGAAUCCCGAGGCAGGUGUGGAGCAGGCGUCUUCUACAUCCAGUUCCCACCCAACGACGUCUUCUUGACGCCAGGGCGUUCCGGCACUGCAUCGCAAAACAUCGCUCGCCCGUCUCGAGUCCCGCUCAAUCACCCGCUCGCACCGUCCCCGUCGAGCAGGACAUCCACGCCGACCUUCUAUCUGAGCCUUCCAGCAUCCGUCGCAGGUCCACCGGGAAGCAAGGGCUCGGACCCUGCAGCCCCUCCAAUCAGUGCGCCACGUCGUCCCCAAGCAUCGUCUGAGAAAGAGGACGCAACAUCCCACGCUUCGACGAGCCCGAAUCUGCCGAUGAAGAAGGCCGACACGGCUGUUGCAUCGGCUCAAGUCGAGGCCUAUGUCAUCCCAGAAGGAUCCAGCACGUCGACAAGGCAUCGAGAUACCAUGCGCGAUUACAGCCAAGGUGUUUCGAGCGCACAAGCAGCGGCGCCAGCUUCGGAGGGCAGCAACGCAGAACGCGCUGAAUACGGCGCAAGCGCAAAGUCGCGCGCGGAUCCUGCGCCGUCCCGUCAUCGCGAUGGCUUGCCCAGCAACCACACUGCCAGUUCGGCGACAGAUAGCGCUGUGAACGUUGGCAAACAGCCUCUGCACUCGGCUGAAACCGAGCGUCCGCGCGUGUCUUGGAGCGAUGCGGCAUGGACGGCACGCUCGCAGCUGCUCAAGGCGGACGACAAGCGACCGAGCCUUGACGCCUUUUCCGACGACGGGUCGGAUGUCAACGAAGAGGCCGAGGACCAGCGGCUGCUGAAACCCGGGCGGCUGGAGCGCGAGCAAGACGCGGACGAUGCGCGUGCGCUGUGGCGAAAGCGGAGAGGACUGUACCUGCUCGUGUACUCGGCCAUCUUUUGCGUUGCGUACGUGUCGUCGCUCGACUCCAACACGGGCUACCUCUACCUCAAUUUUGCAUGCAGCGAGUACGGUGCGCUUGCGUCGUUCAGCACGGUUGCGAUUGUGCAGCAGAUGGUGUUUGCGAUCGCCAAGCCGCCGAUCGCCAAGCUGUCGGAUGUGGUGGGUCGUCCGCAGGCGUACGUGCUCUCGCUCUGUUUCUACGUGUGCGGCUACCUGAUUGUUGCGUCGACGAGCUCGCUGCGAUCGCUGAUCGGCGGCAUCUGCCUGCAGUCUGCGGGCACGACGGGCAUCCAAGUGCUGCAGUCGAUCAUCAUUGCGGACACGACGACGGCCAAGUGGCGCGGGCUGGUGAUUGGCAUUGUGAAUCUGCCGUUCCUGAUCAACUUUGCGGUGGCGGGGCCGAUGGUGGAUCUGGUCAUGCGUCACGGCGGCUGGCGGUUCGGAUUUGCGAUCUGGACGGUGGUGAUGCCGCUGGCGGCGACGCCGCUGCUGUUGACGCUGCUGGUGGGCCAGCGACGGGCGCAGCGGGCGGGGCUGGCGACGCGAAGCUGGCUGAGGGACAAGCCAUGGCGGUCUGCGCUGCGGCAGCUGGCGACGGAGCUGGAUGUGGUGGGGCUGCUGCUGUUCACCGGUGGCUGGCUGCUGAUUCUGCUGCCGUUGACGCUGGCUGGGCAUGGCGAGCGGCAGGCGGAGGUGCCGAUGGCGACCUUCAUCGCGGGUGGUGUGGGGCUGCUGCUGGUGUUCGGUUGGUGGGAGACUCGGGCGUCGGUGCCGAUCCUGCCGUACCAGUUCUUGACCAACAGUGCGGUGGUGUGCACAUGUGUGGUCGGGGUGCUGGACUUUGCGUCGUUCUACAUUUCGUGGACGUUUCUGUCGAGCUUUGUGCAGAUCCUCAAGGGAUGGGACCAGACGCGGACGGGCUACUUUGCCACGACGCAAAACGUGACGUCGACGAUCACGGGGAUUGUGGUGGGGUCGUUGAUGGCAAUGACGAGGCGGUACAAGGUGCUGCUGGUGAUCGGGCUGGUGGUGCGCCUGUUGGGCGUGACGCUGAUGGUGCGGUAUCGGACGGCGGAGGAUCCGACGUACAUGCUGGUGCUGUGCCAGCUGCUGCAGGGGAUCGGGGGUGGAUCGAUCGCGAUCACGAUGCAGGUGGCGGUGCAGGUGACGGUGCGGCAUGCGGAUGUUGCGAUUGUGACGGCGCUGGAGCUGCUGACGACCGAGAUCGGGGCGGCGAUCGGAUCUGCGACGGCGGGAUGGCUGUUCCAGACGUACUUGCCAGCCAAGCUCGCGGCGAAUCUGCCGGGGAUGGAGGCGGACGAGCUGAAGCUGGUGUACGGCAGUCUGCAAAAGGCGCUAAGCUAUCCGCUGGGGACGGCCGAGCGCGAUGGCAUCAUCCGGGCGUGGGUGGAGGUGAUGCGGAUGCUGAGCAUUGUGGCGACAGUGACGCUGGUGCCUGCGGUGCUGUUUGGGCUGGCGAUCCCGGACACGGCGCUGCCGGAUGUGCACGGCGGCGCGCAAAGCCACCACCAUCACCACCAUCAUCGACACGAGAGUCAUCAUCAUCACGGCUCACGCCGAGGCGAUCGACGUAGCGUCCGUCGACGGCCGUCGUUCCUCUCGACGAGCCGACCCUCGUCGCCACUCGAGGUGCGUGCGGGCUAUGCGGAUCCGACGCUGGCGAUGGGCGUGGGAGCCUCGGCGGAGGGCAAUGCCACUGCAGGCUUUCUCAGUGCGGCGGGUGCGGGAUCCAAGCGAAGCCGAUCCGUGUCGCGCAAUCGGGCGGGGCAGCCGCUCAAGGCCCAACGCUUGGCCCCCGCUCCCUCCAACCUUCUCUUGCUCAUCCCCAUCCCCAUCCCCAUCCUCAUCCUCGUCAGGACCGAUCGACUUGGUAAGUCGUCACCACUUCCCGUCUGCCUGCUCAGUACUCGCGCUGACCAACCGCCCAUCCUCGACACUCGCAGCUUCCUCUUCCAGGCCGGCAAGCUCAUCUUCCACUCUCCACCAACGCUCCUUGGUCUCAAGACACUUGCCAGGCGUAUCGCUCGCUCGAUCGCUCUUGCGCAGCACCAGGCCCAGCUCGCCCAGGCCAACGCUGCCGCUGAGCUGCCUCCCAUGGCCGAUCCCUUCCCGUCGCUCCUCAGCGACCCCUUCCCGCCCCAACAGUCUCAGCAGCCUGCUGCUGCUGCUGCUGCCGCCGUCGCUCCCGCUUCUGACGCCGCCGCCGCCAACGGCGCCAACUCCAACGGCGCCCGCGCCAACUCCCGCUCCAAGCAGCCCGACCUCGCCUCCGAAGCCGCCUUCCCUUCGCUCGGCGCUGCUGCCAACCCGGCCAAGGGUCAGUGGGGCGCAAAGGGCGCCGCUCCCGUCUCCACCUGGGCCGGCUCCGCCCCCGUCAUCCAGCGCGCCAUCGCCCAGCAGUCCUUCUCGCUCUCGCUCUCGCACGAAUCCGUCACCAAACUCUCCACCGUCAUGUCCAAGGUGCAGAACAAGUACCGCGGCGUCAAGAUCGAGGCCUCCACCACCCGCAAGACCGGCACCACCACCUUCGUCCUCAAGGCCGCAGACGAGGCCGCCAUCAAGAGCGCAAAGCGCGAGAUCACCGUCCUCCUCGCAAAGCACGUCUCCACCCACAUCAUGAUCCCCGCCUCCCUCCGCGCCUUUGUCAUCGGCACCAAAGGCAAGAACCUCAAGGCCAUCACCGACAGCACCGGCGUCAAGGUCACCAUCCCGCCCCGCGACCCCAACGCAGACAACGACACCGCCAACGCCGCCGCCGCCUCCGCCAACAUCGACUACGAGAACGACGAGCAGAUCGCCGUCUCCCUCGAGGGCGACGAGAUCAACGUCAAGCAGGCCCAAGCCAUGAUCCAGGCCAUCGUCGCAGAGCGCACCUCCAAGAUCACCCAGCGCCUCACCCACAUCGACCCCGUCUUCUACCCCUUCAUCGCCGGCCCCAAGGGCGCCAACGUCGCAAAGCUCGAGAGCAACGCCGGCAACACCGACAUCUCCGUCCGCGUCCCUCCUCGCGCCGCCUUCCUCCACGCCAAGGACGCCCAGGACGACGACGCAGCCGCAGAGCCCAAGCGCGAACGCGACCUCGCCAUCAUCGUCUCGGGCGACCGCGAAAAGGUCAACGCCACCGUCGCCGCCAUCGACGCCCAGGUCGACGCCAUGAAGAGCUCCUUCCGCACCCUCGCCAUCAGCAUCCCCAAGCGCCAGCAUCGCUUCCUCGUCGGCGACGCCGCAAACGACAUCCUCGCCGCAACCUCUUGCAGCGUCGAACUCGCCGCCAUCGACGACCCUUCCGACAGCGUCACCAUCCGCGGCCCCCAGACCCAGCUCCCCAUGGCCCUCACCGCCGCCAUGGAAAAGGCCAACGCCGUCCGCGUCGAAGUCGUCGACGUCGUCGCCGCCCACCGUCAGCUCACCCAGGACCCCGUCAGCCACGCCAAGCACAUCCUCCGAUGGCUCAACGUCGGCGCCAAGAUCCCGCGCAGCUCCACCGCCCAGAUCUACCUUCCGCGUCCCGCCAUCGUCGAGUCCACCGGCAACGUCCAGAUCGAGAUCGUCGGCUCCGACCCCGCAGAGGUCUCCAAGCUCCGCGAGUCCGUCUCGGAACUCGUCAAGGCCGUCCCACCCGCCUUUGUCGAGCAGAUCGACGUCGACCCGCUCCUCCACCGCUUCAUCAUCGGCAAAAAGGGUCAGGGUCUCAAGCAGUACGAGGCUCGAGGCGUCGACGUCCUCUUCCCUCCCGCCUCGGCCAGCGCCGACGGCGACUCGCGCUCCGACGUCCUCCUCGUCCUCGGCGGCUCCUCCGUCGUCGCCGCCUUGCCAGCAGAUCGAAAGGCUCGCGAAGCCAAGGCCCGCGACAUCCUCGCCUCGGUCAAGGACGACAUUCAAAAGGCCCAGGUCGCCGCCGCCGACAUCCGCAGCGAGACCCUCACCGUCCCUGCCAAGCUGCACCGAGCCAUCCUCGGCCCCAACGGCACCACCCUCAACGCCGUCAUCGGCGAAGAGAGGCUCGUCGCCGUCCGUCUCGGCUCCAGCAAGGCUUCCGCUUCCGCCGACAAGCCGGGCUCGAGCCUCUCCGAGGACUCGAUCCUCGUCCGCGGCCCCAGUUCCGAGGUCGAUCGUGUCGUCAAGGAGCUCAACCGCAUCGCCGCCGAAGCCGAGCAGGACAGCAUCGUCAACGGCCACGUCGCCCAGUUCUCGGUCGACGCCAACCACGUGCCUCACCUCGUCGGUCGCGGCGGCUCCGCCAUCACCAAGCUUCGGGAGGAGCUUGGCGUCCGCAUCGACUUUGACGAACCUGCCGGUGCCGACGCUCCAGACGCUCUCAAGAAGGGCAAGAAGGCCGCAGCCACCAAAAAGGUCGUCCUCACCGGUCGCAAGGAGAACGUCGAGGAGGCCAAGAGGCGUCUGCAGACCCAGGUCGAGAGGCUCGCCGACGAGACCAGCGUCACGCUCAAGAUCCCCCAGGAGAUGCACGGCAGCUUCAUCGGCCAGGGCGGCAAGUACGUCACCCGUCUCCAGGACACCUAUGCCGUCCGCAUCAACUUCCCCAACGCCAACGCCCAGUCCAGCGGCCAGUCCACCCCCACCGACAAUGCCGACGACAAGGCCGCUGGCGCACGUGCCAGCCAGAAGCCCGACGAGGUCAUCAUCAAGGGCGGCAGAAAGGGAGUCGAGGGCGCCAAGGCCGAACUGCUCGAGCUGCUCGAGUACGAAAAGGAGAACAACAACGUCUCCAUCCUCAACGUCUCGACCAAGUCCGUCGCCCGCAUUAUGGGCAAGGGUGGCGCUACCAUCAAGCAGAUCCGAGACGAUAGCGAGGCACAGGUCGACGUCGACCGUCAGGACAACGAGAAGGACGGAACUACGCCGAUCAAGAUCCGCGGCACCAAGAAGGCCUUGGCAGCCGCACGCAAGGCCAUCGAGGCCAUCGCCUCCGAGGUCGACGCCGAAGAGGUCUACACGUUGACCAUUGCUCCCGAGCACCACGGCAUCCUCAUCGGACCUCAGGGAUCCAACAUCCGCGACCUCAUCAUCAAGGCCGGCGGACCCGAGGAUGCCAAGGCCUCGUCCCAGUACGUGCAGUUCCCACGAAAGAACGACAAGGACACGUCCACCGUCACCAUUCGUGGUCCUGCCGCAUUGGCCAAGGCCAUCCGCGACGAACUCAAGAGCGCCUCCGAUGAGCUUGCCUCGCGCGUCGUCUACGGCGUCGUCGUGGCGCCUCAGGCACAGAGGAUGCUCAUCGGGCGCGGCGGCUCGAGGCAGUCCGAGCUUCAGACCCAGUACUCUGUCCGCCUCGUCUUCCCCGGCUGGAAGGAGUACGCCUCCACUGGCGAGCCUGUCAACAAGGCCGAGCUCACCGGCGGCGAUGAUGCCACCAUCGUCAAGAUUGUCGGAGCCGAGGACAGAUGCCAGGCUCUGGCCGAGGAGAUCAAGUCGAGCUUUGCCUCGGCCUCCAAGUCGAUCGACGUUCCGCGAGGCGUCCAUGCCCGCAUCGCCACGCCGCAGUUCUUCCGGCAGCUGCGCUCCGACUUUGGCGUCUCGGUGGACACGCCCAAGGGCUCGGCCUCGGCCUCGACUUCGGCACCUUCUGCCAAGAAUGGCGCCAAGGCGGCUGCCAGCGCGCGCAUCGACGACGUCGACGACGAGGAUGACGCCGAGAACGAGUUCGAGCUCGAGGAGCUCAGCUCGGCCUCGGCAAGCGACUCGGUGACCUGGACCCUGACCGGCAAGGAUGAAGCUGCUCUGCAGAAGGCAGAGAAGCGCAUCCAGACCUCGAUCAAGGAGGCGGGCAACGCGUCGCAUCAGGGCAAGCUCUGGGUGACGCCCUCGGCAGUGCCUCGUAUCAUCGGCCGCGGAGGAAGCGGUCUGAUGAACAUUCAAAAGGAGUCGGGCGCCGCCAUCGAGAUCCCGCGCGACUCGGGCGGACUCUGCAUCAUCCGUGGCUCCAAGGAUGCCGUGAUGCAUGCCAAGGAGCUCAUCGAGAACGCCGCCUCGUCCAGCGGACGUGCUUGA